ACCCCACAGGAAGGCUCUCUGCAUUAUAAGCUGCAUUCUGACCUGUUGCCUAUUGUUUUCCUCUACCUUGUCUGUAUCAUUUAUCUGUUAAAAAACAAUAAGCCUUCUAUCUAUUUUCCUCAAUGGAUAAAAACAAAUAUGUGUGACCCCAUUUACACCUGGUGUAAACCUGUACAGAUAUCCUAUCAGGAGGACAGCCAUGCAACUCUUUGGAUCGGAGCAAUGGGAAGACAUAUUCCAGCUCAGCUCCACAUUUCUUCACUUUGGCCUUCGGUUUGACAUUUAUGAAGUGAAUCCUCCCUCAUUCUCUCAGAGGCCCGUUAGUGGCUUUGUUAAUCAGGUCUAUUGUGACUGAAUGCAACACAAAUGAAAACAUAGAAAUUGCUUAAACUCUGGGCAUAUUUCUACAAUGUGCAAGGUGUGUUGACUGCAGCUGGUGACUCAGCGUAUCACCAUGUCAGCCGCCAACCUUGCUCCUCUUACACCAAAAUAUGACCUCAAACUUGUAUGCACUAAAUGCUCUGUCGAGGAGAAAGAAAUUACCUACAGGUUAAAACCAGUUCAACACCAGUGUGCACGCAACCUCCUGCUCUGCAGAGCCAAAUGUGGCAGCAAAUGGAGGCCUGUGUCAAAGAGGCCCACGUUUCCUAAUCCCGUUCGGUAUGAGGUGUGUUACUUCUUUAAGGAGGGUCAAGGCUGCUCGUACCACAAGAAUCGGUGCACCUUUGCCAGAAGUGAUGAGGAAGCUGAUGUUUGGACAUUUGAAAAGUGUCACAGGAUCAACCAUGUGUCGCUCUGUAACCUUGUAGCUCAGUCUGAGGGAGGAGCGGACUCUGAGUCUCUGAGGGACCUGCCAGCUCUAGAUCUGAAGGCUGUGUGUGAUCUGUGUUCUGUCAAAGAGAACGAAAUAUCAUACACAGUUCAGUCAGUGAGUCACAAGUGCAGUAGAAAUCUUCUUUUAGCCAAAGACAAAGCCUGUGACCUCUGGAGGCCUGUCUCUGAGCGGCCUACAUGUGGUCGAAACGUAUUUUACCAAGUGUGUCAGUUCUUUGUGGAGGGCUCUGGGUGCACAAAGCACGGGCAGACGUGCACCUAUGCCAGAAGCGAUGAGGAGGCCACUCUGUGGAACUAUGUGAAGGACAAACGCAUUGGUAGAGAGGAGUUCAUCCGACUUGUAGUUGAGUCUGAACCGAUUUCGAUCACACCGGAGAGUACAGCUGAAAGCAUUCUCCAGCAGUUUCCAGGUGAAUUCAUCGAGCUCUGCAAACGCUGCUUCAAUGACAAGCCACAACAACUAACAACCAAGAGAUGGACUCCCUCUUGCUCAGCAGAUGCAGCGCACCCCUGGGACCCAGUCCUAGUUCAUCACCUGUCAGAGAAUAAGAGGAAGCACGUCUACAGCCAGGUGCGCCCUCUCCCCCAGAACUGUCACUUUGAGUUCUGCAGUCAUGUGACGGAGGGGAAGCCCUGCUGGCACCAGGUGGGCCGCUGCCAGGCUGCGCACAGCGAGGUGGAGAUGGCCGUGUGGAGGGUAGAGCACGGCGGGGUCUCCGUGCGACCUUAUGUCCUGCAGCUGAGCCGGCAGCAGCAGGCGGAGCAGCGGCUGAAGGAGCAGCUGACGGAGCAGCAGCUGACGGAGCAGCAGCUGACGGAGCAGCUGACGGAGCAGCAGCUGACGGAGCAGCUGACGGAGCAGCAGCUGACGGAGCAGCUAACAGAGCAGCUGACGGAGCAGCGGCAGGCGGAGCAGCGGCAGGCGGAGCAGCGGCAGGCGGAGCAGCGGCAGGCGGAGCAGCGGCAGGUGGAGCAGCGGCCGGUCUCCAUGUACUGCAGAGUGUGCCUGCUGGUGCUCUCCUCCCCAGAGAGCUUCUUCGAGCACUGCUCCUCUCUGGAGCACGCCCAGCUGCUCUCUGAGGACACCACCACCAGGUGGAGGGGCCGGCAGCCCCCACACAACCACCGGGCUGAGUUCUGGCUCUGCGAGAGACCACAAACAUGUGAGUACGGCAGCAAGUGCCCCAAAGCUCACUCUGAGGAGGAGCUGAAGGAGUGGCUGAUGCGAGCUGCAGAGGAGAAGGAGAUCAGACAGAGCAUCGGAGCCCAGGGUCUCAUGAACUAUAACCUGGAGCUGCUGGAGGAAUACAAAAACAGCAGUAAUGAAGUACACAUAUUAUCAGAGCAAGUCAACGAUGUCAGCAUCUCUUGUGACGGAGAUGUAACUGUGGAGUGUGAGCAGAUCAAUGAAACACUGCGAUGGAACUUCCAAGUUGAAACAGAGAGACAGCUUGUGCACGUGGCGCUGCUAAAGCAAGAACCAGGAGCUUCCUAUACGCUCGGCGACAUCAGCUCAGUGCCCUGCAUCUACUCCCCCGGUGAACCCUUUCUCACUGACGACAUGACCUAUGACAUCACAGUGUCUUUCACAUCCAUCAACCCAGGCCUGUACGACCAGUGGUUAGUGCUAGAUUUUGACAUGAGACCAGUGCUCUUGAAAAAACUCCGGGUUAGAGUAGGCAAGCUUUCAUUGGAUGACGUUGUACAACCAACAGUGACGUUUGGAUACACCUUUCAAAGUGCUGAGCGCUGGCAUCGAGGAAACCGGGUUAUCAUCCCAUGUUCGUCCAGGACAGAAGAACAGGAGAAACUGUUAAAGAAGUACAAGCCUCCUCCGAUUAGCUUUCUGUAUAAAUCCUCCUACAGCAGCCAAACACCUCUGAACAGUGACAACUACAAAGAAAGAAUGCACCAGUUCCUGUACGAUGAGGAACAGGCAGAGGACCAGAUUGUUUCAAGGUUAAAUGUUUGUGGAGGAAUUACAACAUUGGGGACGUUGAACAGUACACAGUUUGGCAUGAUGAUGGCUCCUCGGGGAGAACUGUUCUGUGCUGUCUCCAUUCCUUGUAAGCUCACUCCAGACACCCCUGAGGGACUGGCACUGAAACGCAGCAUCCAGUCUGCCCUGAUAGCCCCUUUAUCUGAAAGUAGUCAAAGCUCCAAGGUCUAUGAAGCCAGCAUACUGAAAGACAAAACAAGUGAGAACACCAUGUAUUUGCAACUGUCUAAGAAGUGUUGCUCUGAUCUUACACUCAGAAGCAAUGAGUCGUAUCAAAUGGAGGUGCAGUUCCAGCUCAAUCGCCACAGCUUCUGCACCAUGCACAAGGCCGUAGACCUCCUUCCUGAUACAAAAAGAGUGCUGCCAGACCUUAAACACUGUGGAGUUCCUGUGAAUAACAUCAAACAUGAGAAGCUCAACCCAAAGCAGCAGUCAGCAGUUGACUUUAUCACAGGAAGCUCCAAUGUCCAGAAAUAUUCAGCACCACUCCUCAUCUACGGGCCAUUUGGAACUGGGAAAACAUUCACCCUUGCUUUAGCAGCCCGAGAGCUGUGUAAGCUGCCUCACAACAAAGUGCUUAUUUGCACCCACACCAACAGUUCUGCAGAUCUGUACGUCAGAGAUCACUUCGAUCCAUUCAUCAACAAGAAAGAUGAUGGAACGAGACCAAUUCGAAUAAAAGUGAACAAACAAGGGAAAGCUUUGUUUGCCACGGAUGAGAUCACUUUGAAAUACUGCUUGCUGUCGGAAGACAAACAGUCUUUUUUACCACCUACAAAAGCUGCUCUUGAUCGCCACAAAAUAGUUAUAACAACCACAACAAUGGCAAGACAUUUCCAUGACCUAAAUCUCCCAGAGGGAUAUUUUACCCACAUACUGAUUGAUGAAGCCUCUCAGAUGCUUGAAUGUGAAGCCUUGAUGGCCCUUGGCCUUGCUGGUCCACAAACCAGAGUUGUUUUGGCUGGAGAUCACAUGCAAAUGGGACCCAAGCUUUUCUCAGUUGAUGAUCAUCACCGUUCAAAUCACACACUCCUUAAUCGCCUCUUCCACUACUAUCAAGGCCAAAAGUGUGAUGCUGCCCAGAAUAGUAGAAUCAUUUUCAGUGAAAACUACCGCUCAACCAAAGAGAUUGUGGAGUUUGUGUCCACCAAUUUCUACGUCGGUAAGAAUGACUUUAUCAAAGCUAAAGGAAAUGUUCCGCCUCCUGCAAAUGGCAAUGCCUUAAAGUUUCACCAUGUCAGGGGAGCAUGUCUCUUGGACACUGGGUCUAUGUCUUGGUGUAACAAAGAAGAAGUUGUCAAAGUGGCUGAAGCAGUGAAAGAGGUUCUCGAACAGUGGCCAUUGACAUGGGGGCCCAAGGACCCAAGCUCAAUCUGCAUUCUAUCAGACGGAUGUCAGGUCUGGCAAAUAAGGAAAGCACUUUCAAAAAGAGGCCUCAAUGAAGUCCAUGUUGAGAAUCUUGCAAAUGUCCAAGGUAAACAGUUCAGGGCAGUCAUAAUGACAGCUGUGCAAACACGUGACAGCCUGAAAACAUCUCACCUACCUGGUCUGGAGCUGUUCAAUGAUGUGCGUGUGUUGAACACUGCAAUGACCAGAGCUCAGUCCCAGGUGGUUGUGGUUGGAGAUGCUGCUGCCCUCUGUUGCUUUGGGAACUGCUCGAAGGUCUGGAAGAGCUACAUAGAUCAUUGCAUCAGCAACAACAGUGUCACACCAAAGCAUUUCACCAUGGAUUUCUUCAUGAAAGAUGUCAUGGAAACUACAAGGUUUCAGAAGCCUGAACAUGUUGAUGAGGGCAGCCCUCUCAGUGAUGCAAUUCUUCAAGAGUUGAAAGAUGACUAUGAACUCCUGAAAAAAGAACACAAUUUGGAUGAGGACAAGUGGAAAUGUAAAGACUUCAACAACCAUAGGUCAAGAUCAUCAUACAAUAUCAGUGAUGUUGAUGCAGAUCUUUUGAAAUAUCCAGGGAUGUACAAGCACGGAAAGUUGUUCAGGGAGUCAUAUAACAAAGGUUAUGUUGUACCAUUUGACAACCCCACCUCAAGAAUACGCAUCAAAGGAAGAGAUAACAUGGGUAAGACCUUCACUGGAGACGAAGUGGUCUUACAAACAGCGAAGGUGAUCAGCAUCACCAAGCAAUCUGAAUCAGCCCGCGUUCUUGUGUGUCUGCUUGAGGAUGAGGAUCACAGCAAACCAAGACAAAAUUCUGAAGAAACAUUUAUCAAAAGAACGAUGAUACCCAUUGCAAAAUCUGCCCCUAAAAUACGCAUACUGAUCAGCAAGAGAAAACGUAACUGCAUUCCAAUAUGGGAGAAAAUGAAUGGUCAGUGGACGACUGCAGCAUUUGAACAUCUUGAUGAAAAGCUCAAACAGAACAAUGUAUUUGUGGUGCAAAUAAUUGGAUGGAAAGAAAAUUGUCAUAUUCCAUUAGGGAACGUCAUAGAUAUUCUUCCUAUUGGAAGUUCUUUGGUUGACGGUCUACGGAUCCUGAAUGAAGAAUUCAAAGUUGAACCCAAUACAUGUAAUCCAGACGAGGGUCUCUUCUCACAAGAUGAAGACGGGACACACAGAGAGGACUUAAGCCAUAUGAUCACUUUCACGGUUGACCCCAAAGAAGCAAAAGACUUGGACGACGCCAUCAGCGUUAGGGAUAUUGGAGAGCAUGAGUAUGAGUUGGGAGUCCACAUUGCAGAUGUGGCCAGCUUUGUGAUCCCAGGUUGUGAAUUGGACAAGGAGGCAGAACAACGUGGUGCUACAUAUUACAGCAGCAGUGUAGACCCUGUGCACAUGUUCCCCAAAGAGUUAAGCACUGGAACCUUCAGUCUUCUGUCAGAUGGCAAACAAUGCAGGGUGGUAUCAUUAAUGUUCAAAGUAAACAAGAAAACAAAUGAGAUCAUUGGAAAGCACAAACUCCAGCUGUCAGGGAUCAAGUCUAACAGGCAGUUGUCUUAUGACGAGGCAGAGGCCAUAAUCACUGACCGGUACAGAGAGGGACCUGCAUUUGACUCUGUAGAAGACUGUGUCACAGUGGCUUAUCGUUUUGCAAAAGCUCGAAGGAAGGACAGACUGGGCUCAGAUUGGGCUUAUUCUCAACCUGAUGAUAAGAGAUUGCCAGGAAAGCGUAAAGCCAAUAUGAUGGUUGAAGAGCUGAGUGUGUUAUUUAAUACACUUGCAUCAAAGGAUUUGAUUGACUCAAAGAAAACCUUGGAUUGCACACCCCUUCGCUGUCAGUCAAAACCUGAUUGUGAAAAGAUAGAAGAUUUCAAGGCGAAAUGCGGAGAACUAAUUCCUCUAUCCUUUCAUGUGCGGCACAAAGUUGAAGGAGUUGACGAAGUUGGCGAACAACCCUCAAACUGUGAAAACAUCCGCAUACUGACAGAAGUGUGGGAAGAUAUCCAGUCAGCUGCCAGAGCAGAUGAUAUUGACAAAAUGGUGGACCUUAUAGCGGCAGAUGACAUCCAUCCUCCUCUCCAACCAGUUGUUGAUCAGUUCAGAAAAUGUUUUUGUAAAGCUAAAGUCAUAUGUUCCAGCUCCUACUCCAGAGAAGUGUUUAGGCAUUAUUCUCUGAACGUAGAUUCUUACACACAAGCAACCUCCCCAAUACGGCGGUACAUGGACCUCAUCUCGCAGAGACUUUUGCAUUCCAUCAUACAUGACCGGAGAGCGCAAUACACUACUCCUGAGAUUGCAACUUUGUGUAGUCAAUUUGAGGACAACGUCAAGAAUGCCAAGGAGUAUGAACAAAAGGCAGAGCAGAUCUCCUAUGCAGUGAGCAUGAAAAAACAAAGUGCUUCAAAGCUAGCCUUUGUUGGGAGUCCCAACAGAGACAGUGUUCCAGUGGCAUUUCCUUUUAACAAGAACAUAUUUAGAGAAAGUGUAUCAGUUAUGUUCAAGGAUUUACAAUUGUGUGACCAACCCAUUUUUGAUGAAGAAAAUGACUGCAUCACUCUUACAUGGAAAAGGCGGGUCUAUGCAGUUGACAACAUGCAAAUCCACCAAGAGUUGCAAAUGACAGACUAUGGUCCUUGCGUUGAGCUUCCACUGGCAACAUGGAAAGCCACUGUUGAAGCAAUUGACCAAGGAAACUGGGAUCAUGCAAAGUCUCUCACAAUGGAAGCUAAUACUAAGCAGCAGGAAAAACAAAUUAUUCUGCCACAAUCUUCUGAAAUGCCAGCUCCCAAAUCAAAGUCAUGUGACUCUGAGGAGCAGGAGGAACAAAGGGAGCAUGAGGUCGACAUCCAUUUGCGUUUGCAGAGAGGGGACACCCUUCAGAUCCAAAUGACCACUGAGGUAAGAAGAGGUUACAACUCGCCUGCUGUUCAGCUGGUGCGCAUUAAACCAAGGUUUGAGAUCUGUGUGGACCAUGUGCACAGCGCUAUCACAUGCUUCGCCAAAUAUGCAGAGGAACCAUCAAAAAUCUUGUAUAGAGACACCAAUGAGUAUGUACAGAUCUGGAAACCGUUAUGUAAAAUGGAAUCUGCUUCCACUGCAGUGGAUGACAGUGACAGCAUAGUCAUUGAGAACCUGGUGGUAAACUUCUGUCAAAAGCAGGAACGUCGCCUAACAGGAAGCUUCUUCUUACCUAUUGCAUCUAUCACUAAAUGGGCCAUUGAAUGUAACCUUUCAAAGUGCUUACUGUGCAUACGGAAAAGAGGUUUGACGCUACCUUCAACCCCGGAACAUUCUGCUCUGGCGGACCCAAAAGUGUUCACAUGGGUGGCCCACGGUGUCACAGUAAAAGCAGAACAAAAAAAACCUCCAAAUGAAGGAAGUGAGGUGGAGUUCUAUGUCCAUCACCUGCCGAUGGAGAACAUUCCUGAUUGUGUCUUUCAGAAAAACACUUAUUUCACAGUUGAAAUAAUCCCAAAGUCUCUGCCUGAAAUCCGGAAAGAAGAGGCUGUGGAAAACAUUCCGUAUGCAUGUGACCUUGUCAAGGCUAUAGCACUUGGAAAACACAUUCCAAAAGAGGUAAAACCAAUGUGGAACCACCAGAGGAAAGAGCUACCGUAUGGACUAACGCAGUUUAACCAGAGUCAGCAUCUUGCUGUGGAGAAAGCUCUAAAUAAUACCUUCACAAUUAUACAGGGACCACCUGGGACGGGAAAGACAGUCGUUGGUGUGAAGAUAGUGUUCGGUUUCUUUGAGCUGAACGCUAAGAGCCCACGGACUGAUGUUGACCCAAGGGAUGAGAACAAGAAACAAGUUAUUCUCUACUGCGGCCCAUCCAACAAGUCUGUUGAUGUUGUUGCAGAGUACCUACUGAGGUUUGGGGACAGACUACGGCCCCUCAGGUUCUACAGCCAACACGUGGAGAUGCUUGAUUACCCCUAUCCAGACUGCGCUCUGCAGUUUUCCCGGAGGUCAAUCCGCCAAGAGCGUGCCAAACCAGAGCUCAGGAGCAUCACUCUGCAUCACCGCAUGCGGGAGGACACUAACCCUUCUUCAGGUCAAAUAAAAGAUUUUGAUCUACGCAUUAAACUUGCCCUGGAAAAAGGAAAAAAGCUGACUCCUAUAGAAGUGAAAGAAUACAAAAAACUUCUCGUAAAGGCUCGGAAAUAUGAGUUUGAACGGCAUGACAUCAUACUGUGUACAUGCUCACAGUCUUCCACCCCGAAUCUGACUAAGACCGUCAGUGCACGGCAGAUCCUCAUUGAUGAAUGUGCAAUGGCCACUGAACCCCAGGCCCUGAUUCCAUUAGUCUGCAACCGGCCAGAGAAGAUUGUUUUGAUCGGGGACCAUAAACAGUUACGACCCAUUGUGAAGAAUGUGCAUGUGAGGAGGCUGGGGAUGGCCAAGUCUCUGUUUGAACGUUACCAUACGAUGCAUAAGAAGAGCGCUGUGAUGCUGGACACCCAGUACAGGAUGCAUAAGGAAAUAUGUGAGUUCCCGUCGCGAGAAUUUUACGAGGGGAAUCUGUUAACCGGAGUGGAGCAGCCGAGCAGCGUCCUGCGUGUUGACAAUAAGACGAUGCCGAUCGUUUUUGGGGACAUCAGAGGAAAGACCGUCAGCCUGGUGGUCAACACAGCUAAGGGCAACGAGAACUCCAAAGCCAACGAGGAAGAGAGAAUCAAAGUGAUUGACAUUGCUGAAAAGCUGGUGACUAAAGCCAAUAUCGAACAGCAAAAUAUUGUGAUUCUGUCCCCCUAUAACGCGCAAGUGUCAGAAAUCCGAGAUGGGCUGAAGAAAAAGAAAUUGAAUGGAAUCACCGCCACCACAAUCACUAAAAGCCAAGGAAGUGAAUGGAGCUACGUCAUCAUAUCUACAGUGUGCUCUCUGCCAAGCGAGGAGAUUGAGGCAGAACCUGAAGGAGGUUGGUUGUCCAGACAUCUGGGCUUUGUGGCCGAUCCCAACCAGAUAAAUGUGGGCAUCACCAGGGCCAAGGAGGGACUGUGCAUCAUUGGGAACCAGGAGCUGCUGAACUGCGGUCGGACUUGGAAAAAGCUCCUGGACCAUUUCAAGCUUCACAAUGCAGUGACGGACGCAGACAAGAUCUCAGUGUUGGCUUCCACAUAGCAACAGAGCGCUGCAACAGCACAGCUUCACAAAUAUGUUUUGUUGGGCUCUGAUUUACAAAACGUUUUUUUCCUUCAACGUGUACGUGUAAAACUUAUUUUAUAAACUUGAUCUAUUUGUUAUGUUUAGGUGUGGCAAUUUCAUUUUCCAAGUUCAAAGACUGUAUAGUCUGUUGUUGUUUUGUUUUGUUUUUCCUUUUGUUACUUCAAUGAAAGAAAGUGCAUCUAGGUAACAUUUCAGGCUACAAUACCACAUGCUAAUGUUGAGUCUGGGCAGAAUGCAGAGAGUUCAGGUCAUGUGGAUGGAUCUUUUAAUGAAUCUGCAGGUUUCAAAUGUGUUCCACAUUGAUAUU